AUGGGCGACGAAGGACUUCACAUUCUCAUUUCCGAUUCGACCAACUCGAUGUUGCCCGAGCAUUCACCGACCGAACAAAACAUCAUGCGCGACUUGGAACGCAACAUCGCUAGUGCCCAGGGGAAAGUGAUUUUCACGACCUUUGCUUCCAACAUGAACCGGGUUAAGGUUGGGAUUGAUUUAGCCGUCAAACACAAGCGAAAAGUUUGCGUCUUCGGUCGGUCCAUGAUUAACGGGAUGGAAAUUGCUAAGCAGUUCAAGUUUAUUGAUGUACCUGAGGAAGUUUUUGUUGACAAAAAAGAGAUCGACAAAAUCCCCGACGAAAAACUCUUUAUUCUUUCGACUGGUUCGCAGGGCGAAGAAAUGGCGGCUCUUUGGCAAAUGGCUUCCGGACGUCACCAGUAUGUCAAACUGAAAAACAAAGACGUGGUGAUUUUUUCUUCCUCACCGAUUCCCGGUAACCGCGUCAAGGUUGAACUGUUAAUUAACCAACUUUACAAAGUCGGAGCCGAAGCGCGCGAAAACCGCGUUGACGGUCUGUUGCACAUUUCGGGCCACGCUUACAAAGACGAGCACAAAACGAUUUUCAACAUCACCCGCCCCAAGUAUUUCAUUCCGUACCACGGGUUCUACCGUCAGUCAGCUGUUCACGGUCAAACUGCUUACGAAUGCGGAGUGCCGCGGGAAAACAUUUUUUUGAUCGAAAACGGCGAAGUAGUCGAACUUAAGAAAGGCGUGGUGCGGCGUACCAAACUGCGGAUACCGCACGGUCCGAUUUACAUUGACUCAACGAUCGCUAAGGCGGAAACUUUGGAAAUCAUCGAUGUGCGUGAGAAACUAGCGCAAAACGGUUUUGUCAACAUCAUCGCCAUGGUUGACCGCGCUAAGCGUGAAAUCAUCGGUAAAACGCGGGUGAUCUCGCGCGGCGCACUUUACGUGCAAGAGUCACGCGAGGAAAUUACCACUAUCCAGCGUUUGGCCCACGGCGCAAUUCUUUACACGAUUAAAAAUAAUCCCAACUGA